ACGUCCGAGUCCGAGUCCGGCCCCGGCCCCGGCACGGGCCUCAGAAUCGGUCUCCCGAGCCCCCGACCCCGCGCCUCAGCUCCGAUCGACAGGCAGCGAGAGUUUGCCAUUCUGCCAAUUGUUCAUCGCAUGCUGAAGGGCGAUUCCGUCACAUUUUCGUGAAAAUACUCGAGAAAAAGCUCCUUUCGUGGACAAAAAGCUUCAAAGGGCGAAGUAUCACCGGACGGUGAAGACUCGAGAAUGGAGAGUACUUCUCCGCAAGUACCUUUUCCCCUGGUAAAGGCGUGGGUAGAUUACGAGUAUCGUCCAUGCACCAUUCCGUAUCGCUUUCCAUCUGAUCCGCCUCAGGCUACAAGGACGGAACUUAUCUGGAUUCAAGUUUUCCGGAAGUCGAUUCCUUCAUUCAAGAAGGUAGCAGAACAAGAUGACUCGGUAGUAGAUGCCCCAACAAGAGCUGCGAAGUUUGCAGAAAGGUAUGGAAAAAUGUUGGAUGAACUAGAGGCUGAUCCUUUCAGCAAUGGUGGCCCUCCUGACGCUAUUCUUCUCACUAGACUUCGCGAAAUUUGCCUUCGGGAAGUUGGAUUCAGUGACAUUUAUAAGAACGUGAAGGAUGAGGAGAAUACGAAAUGCUUGGCUCUAUUUCCCGACGUGGUCAAGACAGCAGACAAUAUCGAGGAUGUUGGUGAGCGCAUUGAACAUCUCAUGAGAGGUGUUUUUGCCGGCAACAUAUUCGAUCUUGGAGCUUCCCAGCUCGCAGAAAAGUUUGCGGAGAAGGCAUGCUCCUUUGAAGAUAGUUGUCAACAGCUUCUGCCUCGACCGUGGGUUAUAGAUGACCUUGAUCAAUUCAAGCAAAAAUGGCUGAGAAAACCAUGGAAGAAGGCAGUUAUAUUUGUUGAUAAUUCAGGUUCGGAUGUGAUUCUUGGCAUUUUGCCCUUUGCAAGGGAGCUACUCAGACGGGGUACAAAGGUUGUACUGGCCGCCAAUGAUCUCCCUUCAAUCAAUGACAUCACGUAUGAUGAACUAAAAGAUAUUGUUGCAAAGCUCAAAGAUGGGGCCGGCAAAGACUCCAUCUUAGGUGUCAAUGCACAUGAUUUGUUCGUAGUGAAUUCUGGAAGCGACUUACCGGUUCUAGAUCUUUCACACAUUUCGCCAGAGUUAGCAUAUGCUUGUGAAGACGCGGACCUUGUCGUACUUGAAGGCAUGGGUCGAGCCAUUGAAACAAAUUUGUAUGCCCAGUUCAAGUGCGACUCUCUCAAAGUCGGAAUGGUCAAGCAUCAAGAGGUGGCAGAAUUUCUCGGAGGGCGGCUGUACGAUUGUGUGAUCAAAUUUAACGAGGUUAUACUUUGAGAGAACGUUAAUAAAGGACUCAGGUGACCUGAUUUUCAUGUCACCGAAAUAUAUGUAGUUCUUUGUCAUCACACUCCUAGAAGCCAAAAUCGAAGUGUUUUUUGUUAGAAGAACUCGAUUAUGUAUAUGAAAUUUUAUAUGUCUAAACUAUUCUAUGGAGAGCAUUGAACGAGGAAAUACAGAAUUUUGAAUUCAGAUGCAGC